AUGAGUCCUCACAGAGUUGAAGUAUUGCCCUCUCGGGCUGCUCUACCCCAAUAUGGUAUCUCCGAGAAUGGCUUCCUGCCGAAAGAAGCACCAUUAGAGCAGCUACCACAACGAUACUACCAGCCAUGGGAACUGAUAAUGGAAGAGCUACCGAAGCUUAUUGAGAGGCAGCAGAUCCGCGAAAAGGUCGAUGUUUUACCUGUGCUAGAUACCGUACACUUGAGCAGCGAGGCUGAAUGGCAACGAGCUUGUUCGAUCCUCGCACUCAUUGCCCAAGGAUAUAUCUGGACCGGCCCAGAACCAGCUCAGCGACUUCCACCUGCCAUUACUAUCCCCUUCCUCCAGACAUCCGAACAUCUCGAAGUACCGCCAAUCGCAACGUACGCAACUUUAAACCUGUGGAACUGGAGAAUACUCCAUACAGGCGCGGACAUCACACAUCCGGACAAUCUUGAGGCUCUACAGACGGCCACUGGAACGGACGAUGAGUCUUGGUUUUUGAUCAUCUCCUGUGCCAUGGAGGCGAGAGCAGGGUCCCUCAUCGAUAGUAUGCUUGGCGCUCUGGAAGCAGUGGAAGCUAACGAUGUACCGACUAUCAUCGAUGCUCUGGAAUAUUUUACGCAAAGCAUGGAGGAUAUCGGGUGCUUGCUUGAACGCAUGGAUGAGCGGUGCAACCCCCAAACCUUCUACCACACGAUCCGACCCUUCUUAGCAGGCAGUAUGAACAUGGAGGCUGCGGGUCUGACCCAUGGUGUCUUCUACGACGAAGGAGAUGGCAAAGGUUCGUGGAGGAAGUAUCGUGGAGGCAGCAACGGUCAAAGCUCGUUAUUGCAAUUCUUCGAUGCCAUCUUGUCUGUCAACCAUUCUCGCUCCGGAGGCUUCCAUUCGGAGAUGAGGAAAUAUAUGCCCGGCCCUCACCGAAGAUUCUUGGAAGAUAUCGAGUCGAUUGCAAAUAUUCGCAGCUACGUUGAAAGCCGAGAAGACAACGUUGCUCUCACAGCCGCCUUCAACGAUGCAAUAACGGCGCUAGGUGCCUUCAGAGACAAGCACAUUGCUCUAGUCACCCGGUAUAUCAUCAUUCCCAGUCGCAUGCCCAAGCUAGAGUACGGCGUAGUCCGGAAGGACAUCGCAUCCGCUUCAACUAAGAUGGCACUGGAAGCUCAGACUCAGGAGCUCCGUGGCACAGGGGGCACGAAGUUAAUACCCUUUUUGCGAACCUCGAGAGAUGAGACCAACGAGACUGCCGUCAAAAGAUGA